CAUCUUCCAGCUCCAACUCUGUUGUAAUCUGCAUCAAAAUGUUGAAGAUAGCUUGCCUCAUCAAUCUAUCUUUUCUAGGUUUACUCUGUCUUGCAAUCACAGCUGCGAGUGAAAGAAAACCCACAACCCGAAAGCUGCUAUUCUCGGACUCCAUGAUUUUGGAUCUUUUCCUGGCAAGGGCCGACCCGGUGGCCCCGACCAGCUCCCCUCUGUCCGGCGGCCCUUCACCGCUGCCAUUUUCGCUGCCUUUGGCACCAAAACUGCCGCCGUCUCUGGGCACGGCCAGACCGCCGCAGGGUCUCGGUUUACCGCGGUGUAAGCCGCCGGCGAAGAGUGGGCUGUGGUGUGUGGCUAAGCCGAGCGUGCCGACGGCGACCUUGCAGGAAGCCAUGGACUAUGCUUGUGAAGCCGGAGACUGCGAAGAGAUUAAACCGCAUGGGAAUUGCUUCUCGCCGGGUAAUGUUGUGGCUCACUCUUCUUAUGCUUUCAACAGUUACUGGCAGAAGAACAAGAGGAAUGGCGGCAGUUGCAGCUUUGGAGGCACCGCGAUGCUCGUCGAUUCUGACCCAAGUUUUGGGCACUGCCGGUUCAUUUUGAGCUAAGGAAAGAAGCUGAAGAAAUGGAGGAGAGAGCUUGGUGCUAGCUAGCUUCUUAUCCAACAUUGAGAAUCUGAGUUUUGGAUCCAUUUACUGUAGCUGAUGGAGCAUAAACAGCAGAGAUGAGGUGUUACGAAUAACACAUUUGUUCUGCUUCUUUAUCAAUAUAUCUACUAUGUGAACCCAAGGAGGCAAAUAUACAUAUAUAUAUAUAUAACUGUUAUGUAUAUCUUCUAUAUCUAUAUACUCUUGCAGCUGUUCCCCUCUUCUUGGAAGCCACUGUUUUUCUAUCCAAGCCAGGUUUUGAUUAUGGGUCUAAUGGGUAUUGUGCCCAAUCAUUUAUGGUUAGACAAUACUGUGAUUGUUGUGGGAUUUCACUUGCCAUAUUUACAUGAGCUCGCAAGUAGUAGCUGGCUCAAAAGUUCGAACACCCUAUGUUUGAGUUUUAUUAGUAUAACCUUCUUGUUGGAAUAAAAGAUAUUGGGCCACUU